AUGGGCUGUUCUCUGCUUUUGACAUGCGCGUAUCUCCUGGUCUCAUUCUCAGGCCUUGUCAGAUCUGCUUGCGACGCACCACCAUUGUCUCUGCCCAUUGGGAAUGGCACGAUAUCAGACCGAGAAGUUGUGCGAUGGGGGUUAGCUGUGGAAUUCGGAACUCCUGCGCAGACUAUAGUGGCUGCGCUGGAUGCACCUGCCUGCUCCUGGGUACAUGGAGGGUCUUUCAACGAUAAAGGCUCGACGUCUUGGAGAGGACCAGAGAACCCCGAGCAGACAGAUAAGAACCCGAAAGGCGAGACCAUAAAUAUAAGAGGAACAGAUACGCUGAAGGUGGGAUCAGAUAUUUCACUCGACCAGUUCCCAGUCUACUUUCCAAAGCCAGGAGUCAUACCUCAGAAUGGAAUAGGCUUCGGGCCGAAUUCAGCCUUUCUCAAUCGCCUCUACGACCAAGGCAAAAUUGCGUCGAGGUCAUGGUCACUAUUCUGGGGAUGGCAAGGAGCUGAGCAGGAGAACCAGAUGAAUGGAAGCUUGGUGUUGGGUGGAUAUGACAAGGCAAAGAUGGCUGGAGGCGCGCCUCUAACAGCUCCAUUCUCAGAUGGAAUUGGAUGCCCGAGCUCACUGCUCGUCUAUCUGAGCAAUAUUGUUGUCAAUCAUAUAGAUGGAAAGAAAACGAGCCUGCUCAAUACGCCGGGUUCUGCUUUACGCGCCUGCAUCAAGCCGGAUAACUCCCAGGUUAUUCUUCCAGAGGACGUUUUUGGCAACCUGAAGAAAGCCUUUCCGGGGAAGGCUGUUGAGCAUUCAACUGGAAUAUACCCUUCAAGCCUUGCCUAUGAGCCGGAGGAUGUGUUUAUGGGCAAUAUCACGUUCAUCCUCUCCUCCGGACUUCAGAUCACCAUACCUAAUCAUCAACUCGUUUUGCCGAACGUAGAAAUAGAUGAUAAUGGACAACAGAAGAUAGUUGAUGGCAACAAGACUAUCAAUUUCGGGCAGACCAGACAUGAGGCUAUGCCUUAUCUAGGCCAACCAUUCCUUACAUCCGCCUAUAUACACGUUAACAACGACAUGAAGGAGUUUAGCGUCUGGCAGGCCAAUCCAACAACAGACACAGACUUGGUAACUGUUCGAGGUGGUUCAAACUGCGACGAUGAUUCUUCCCUGAGUGGAGGCGCCAUUGCAGGCAUAGUCAUCGGUGUCGUUGCUUUCCUCGCUAUAGCUGCUCUCGGACUAUUCUUCUUCCUCAAACGGCGCAACAAAAACCGAGACAGAGAUUCCAAGGCAGGGUUGCCCCUUGUUAAUACGAGCCAGAGAGCGGAGGAGGACAAGAAACAUAACCAUGAUACCCCCCUUGAGAUGGAUGCUGGAGUCAGCCAACAAGCACCUUCAGAGCUGCCUGACAGGGACUACUCACCGCAAGAGCUUCCGGCAGACGUCCCCACGUCUAACAAAUAA